AUGUCGACAGCAAGUAUCUAUCAGAAGACAAGCACUUUAAACUUUACACGAGCAAACUUAUGCGACCUGGAUAAGACAACAUUUGACAAACAUACUGUGACAGAAAAGCUUCAGACCAGAUGCGCAUGCUAUGCUCAACAGAUGGAGUGUUCAUACUUUCUUGCGGAGAGGAUUGAUCACUCGGACACUGAGAUUCACUACAUUUCCUUGCAAAGUGAGACAAGCUCCUUGUUCGAAGGUGAACUUAUUUGGCAAAUGUCAGAGAGCCGGCCACUUGUGGCCAUGGCAGUGGACGAGGCAAAGCAAGUUGCCAGCACGAGCCUCUACUUCGUUCCCCUCGUCCUAGACCUGCUGUUACGGAUUAUUCACAGAGCUUCCACUGAGGAAGCGGCAGAGCUACCCCACCCACAGUCGCUGCUGUCCGUGGCUCUCUGGGCUGAGUCAAAAGUCAAAAUGCUAAGCAGGUGUCAUCUCUAUGCAGCCGCAUCUUGUUAUGAGUCUGCUCUUAUAUUCGCAGUUGACGCAAGACGCAGGUGUCAUGUUCCUGAGAGUUGUCAUCGCGCAACGUGUCAUGAGCCUGAUGUUCUGGACCCUGUUCAGAUAAAAAAAACGUCGGAAGACUCCCAGAAAUCCGUCGACAGUACACUCGAGCUUCCGGUGUGACACACUAAAUUGUGUUCGUUCCAUAUGUGGAGUUGGAUUACAUGGCCUCCGGUCGCCACUCUAGGAAGAAGUGACUCUGGGAUUAAAAACGUCGGACUUAACACAACAAUGUUGACGUAGAUUCUCAUGAAUCCAUCCGAGGGAACUUCCACCAUGUAAUGCCUUCAGAAUCAUCUCGAUCAACCGAGAGGUGUAUGCGUUCGAGGUCCAAUCUCUGGUAUGAUAUUUGACCUCGAACGCAUACACCUGAAUAUCUUUAAAUUCCUCAAAUAUCACAUCGGUUGAAAAGCAAGAUCUACAUGUAGGACUAGAGAUUCAGUGCCAGGUCGUGGAUUUGUCUUCUCAUGGACAGGACUCAGGAUCACAAAGUAAGUGCGUGUCUUUAUCGAUCUAGUCCUUCAUUGCAAGAUGGACUGCUUGAAGAUUCUGUUUCUCAGUCACAUAGCAGGGCACAGUCUCAAGGUCCUACCAUAUGCACAGAAUGUAUGUAAGUCUGACCAGUCAGACUUACGUACAUUCUGUGCAUUCUGUGCGACCGGUCAGACUGACAUACAGGACGUAAGUCUGCGCAAGGCGAGUUCAAAGGUUAAGAAUGAGAGCUAACUCUGUAGAAGGACACUGAGUCUGCCAACUUUUAUUGCUGAUUGAUUUUUUAAAUUUGCCUCAGUUCUGAAAGAUGAAGAUGAUAUUUUCCCUGUAAUAAGAGUAUUCUGUUAUUAGUACACUUGAAACUCAAAAUGAUAUGUACCGUCUGUGAC